AUGGGCUCCACUCAACCCCAAUUCAACAACGCUGCCACUACCUCUCUCCUGGAGUUGGUCAAGUCCCGUCGCACUUACUAUGGCCUCAAGGGCGAGAGCCCUAUCUCCGACGAUGCCAUUGAGAGCAUUGUCCGGGACUCUGUCCUGCACGUGCCUAGCUCUUUCAAUACCCAGACCUCUCGUGUCGUCCUCCUGCUGAAGGAGGAGCACAAGAAGGUGUGGGAUAUCGCUAUCAACGCCCUGGAGGGUCUUGUUACCGCCGGUGUCGUCCCUAAGGAGCAGUUCGAGACCGCAACUAAGCCCAAGCUGGAAGCUUUCCGUGCUGCCUACGGAACUGUCCUUUUCUUCGUCGACUUUGAGUCACUCGCUCCUAUCAAGGAGAAGUUCGCCAUCUACGCCGACAAGUUCGAUCCCUUUGCUGUUGAGUCCAACGCUAUGUCUCAGUACCUCGUCUGGGUUGCCCUUGAGUCCGAGGGUCUCGGCGCCAACCUGCAGCACUACAGCCCUCUGAUCGAUGAGCAGAUCGCCAAGACCUGGAACAUCCCUGCCUCGUGGAAGUUGGAUGCCCAGCUGGUCUUCGGUACUCCUACUUCUGAGCCUGGUGAGAAGACUUUCGCCCCUAUCGAGGACCGCUUCAAGGUUUUCGGCAAAUAA